CUUUGUUUAUUUCAGGAAAUGUCUAUGAUAAUCACAUCAGACUCUAAAGCCCCCUUACGGGAGGUAAAGAGAGUUCAGUUUGGAAUUUUAAGUCCAGAUGAAAUAAGACGUAUGAGUGUCACUGAAGGAGGAGUUAAAUAUCCUGAGAUCUAUGAAAGUGGGCGUCCAAAGCUUGGAGGCCUCAUGGAUCCGAGACAAGGUGUCAUUGAUAAAACUUCACGUUGUCAGACUUGCGCUGGCAACAUGGCUACCUGCCCUGGACAUUUUGGGCAUAUUGAACUCUCUAAGCCUGUCUUCCAUGUUGGUUUUUUAAAGAAGAGCAUAAAAAUAUUAAGAUGUGUAUGCUUUUAUUGCUCUAAGCUUCUUGUUUCUCCUAAUAAUCCUAAAAUAAAAGAAAUCCUUGCAAAAUCAAAAGGUCAACCAAGGAAACGACUUGCUCAUGUUUAUGAUUUAUGUAAAGGAAAAAAUAUUUGUGAAGGAGGAGAUGAAAUAGAUGCUAAAUUGGGGCAAGAGAGUACUAUGCAUGAUGAUGGCACAAAAAAGUCUGGCCAUGGAGGUUGCGGCCGUUAUCAGCCAUCUAUUCGACAAAGUGGUUUGGAUUUAACAGCUGAAUGGAAGCAUAUAAAUGAGGAUUCUCAAGAAAGAAAAAUUGCACUGAGUGCUGAAAGAGUGUGGGAAAUUUUUAAGCACAUUUCAGAUGAGGAAUGCCAUGUUUUGGGGAUGGAUCCCAAAUAUGCUCGACCUGAUUGGAUGAUCGUUACAGUUUUACCUGUUCCACCUUUGCCUGUAAGGCCUGCAGUUGUGAUGUUUGGUUCUGCCAGGAACCAAGAUGAUUUGACUCAUAAAUUAUCAGACAUUGUAAAAGCAAACAAUGAACUUUUACGUAAUGAACAAGCAGGUGCAGCAGCUCACAUUAUUGCAGAGAAUAUAAAAAUGUUACAAUUUCAUGUGGCAACAAUUGUUGAUAAUGAAUUGCCUGGGUUACCAAGAGCCAUGCAGAAGAGUGGAAGACCUCUCAAAUCAAUUAAACAGAGACUGAAAAGUAAGGAAGGGCGAAUUCGAGGUAAUUUGAUGGGUAAGCGAGUUGACUUUUCUGCUCGUACUGUCAUUACACCUGAUCCUAAUCUGAGAAUUGAUGAAGUUGGUGUGCCUAGAUCUAUUGCUCAAAAUCUAACUUUUCCUGAGAUCGUAACGCCAUUCAAUAUUGAAAAAAUGCAUGAACUUGUUCAGCGAGGGAAUAACCAGUAUCCUGGAGCUAAAUAUAUAGUUCGUGACAGUGGAGAAAGAAUAGAUUUAAGAUUUCAUCCAAAAGCGAGUGACUUACAUUUACAGUGUGGUUAUAGAGUAGAGAGACAUGUACGUAAUGGUGAUGUUAUUGUUUUUAAUAGGCAACCUACUUUGCACAAAAUGUCUAUGAUGGGUCAUCGCAUACGAGUUUUACCAUGGUCUACAUUUAGAAUGAAUUUAAGUGUGACCACACCAUAUAAUGCAGACUUUGAUGGCGAUGAAAUGAAUCUUCAUGUCCCUCAGUCACUUGAAACACGAGCUGAAGUUCAAGAACUUGCUCUUGUGCCAAGAAAUAUUAUCACACCUCAGUCAAACAAACCUGUGAUGGGAAUUGUGCAGGACACACUCACUGCUGUGCGUAAAAUGACAAAAAGGGAUGUAUUCCUUGAAAAAGAUCAGAUGAUGACAUUACUUAUGUUCCUUCCAAUUUGGGAUGGAAAAGUUCCCAUGCCUGCGAUUUUGAAGCCUAAACCGCUUUGGACUGGAAAGCAACUUUUUUCUCUGAUUAUUCCUGGGAAUGUGAACUUGAUUCGUACUCAUAGUACUCAUCCUGAUGAAGAAGAUGAUGGACCUUACAAAUGGAUUUCUCCUGGAGAUACUAAAGUGCUUAUUGAACAUGGAGAACUGAUCAGUGGUAUAGUAUGUAAAAAAACUGUUGGCUCUGCUAGUGGAUCAUUAAUGCAUGUUAUCUUUUCUGAAUUAGGCCACGAGGUUGCAGGUGCUUUCUAUGGACACAUUCAGACUGUGGUUAACAACUGGCUGUUAUUAGAAGGUCACACUAUAGGAAUAGGAGAUACUAUUGCUGAUCCUCAGACUUACAUUGAUAUUCAGAAUACUAUUAAAAAAGCAAAAAUGGAUGUGAUAGAAGUUAUUGAAAAAGCUCAUAAUGAUGAUCUUGAACCUACACCUGGUAAUACAUUAAGACAAACUUUUGAGAAUCAGGUAAAUCGUAUACUUAACGAUGCUCGUGAUAAAACUGGUGCCAGUGCUCAGAAGUCAUUGUCAGAGUUUAAUAACUUUAAAGCUAUGGUGGUAUCAGGAGCAAAAGGUUCAAAAAUUAAUAUUUCUCAAGUUAUUGCAUGUGUGGGUCAGCAGAAUGUUGAAGGAAAACGAAUACCAUUUGGUUUUAGGAAGCGUACAUUGCCACAUUUUAUUAAAGAUGAUUAUGGGCCUGAGAGUAGAGGAUUUGUUGAAAAUUCAUAUCUUGCAGGUUUAACACCAUCAGAAUUUUUUUUCCACGCUAUGGGUGGUCGUGAAGGUCUUAUUGAUACUGCUGUGAAAACAGCUGAAACUGGUUAUAUCCAGCGACGACUUAUAAAAGCUAUGGAAAGUGUAAUGGCAACAUAUGAUGGUACGGUAAGAAAUAGUACUGGCCAAGUUAUCCAGUUCCGUUAUGGUGAAGAUGGUUUAGAUGGAACUACAGUAGAAUUUCAAUCUUUGCCUACUUUAAAGCCAUCGGAUAAAGCUUUUGAAAAGCGUUUCCGAUUUGAUGCCUCAAAUGAGCGUUAUCUCAGACGCAUCUUUCUUGAAGAAGUUGUGAGAGAUAUUGCAGGAAGUACUACUGCACUAAAUGAAUUUGAAAAAGAAUGGGAAAUUCUUAAAGCUGAAAGGGAAGUUCUUCGGACUAUAUUUCCUACUGGUGAUAGUAAAGUUGUUUUACCUUGCAAUCUUCAAAGGAUGAUUUGGAAUGCUCAAAAAAUAUUUCAUGUGCAUACUAGAUCUCCUACAGAUUUAAGCCCCUUAAGAGUAAUGCAAGGCGUUGAAAAACUUGUAAAAAAAUUAGUCAUUGUACCUGGGGAAGAUAGACUAAGCAUUCAAGCAAAUGAUAAUGCUACAAUUUUGUUUAGAGCUUUACUUCAUUCAACUUUGUGCACAAAACGUGUUGCAGAAGAAUUCCGCCUUUCUACUGAAGCUUUCGAUUGGCUUCUUGGAGAAAUAGAAACUCGUUUUCAGCAAGCUCAGGUGCAACCUGGAGAAAUGGUUGGAGCUUUAGCAGCUCAGUCACUUGGUGAACCUGCCACUCAGAUGACAUUAAAUACUUUCCAUUAUGCUGGUGUAUCCGCAAAAAAUGUAACUCUUGGUGUACCAAGAUUGAAAGAAAUUAUAAAUAUCUCAAAAAAACCUAAAACACCAUCUCUCACUGUUUUCCUUACUGGUGCUGCUGCACGAGAUGCUGAAAAGGCUAAAGAUGUUCUGUGUAGGUUGGAACAUACAACUUUAAGAAAAGUCACUGCCAAUACAGCUAUUUAUUAUGAUCCUGAUCCUCAGAACACAGUUAUUGCUGAAGACCAAGAAUUUGUGAAUGUGUACUAUGAAAUGCCUGAUUUUGAUCCAUCACGCAUUUCUCCUUGGCUGCUUCGUAUUGAAUUAGAUAGAAAGAGAAUGACUGAUAAGAAAUUAACAAUGGAGCAGAUUGCUGAAAAGAUCAAUGCUGGUUUUGGGGAUGAUUUGAAUUGCAUUUUUAAUGAUGAUAAUGCUGAAAAACUUGUCCUUAGAAUAAGGAUAAUGAAUAAUGAUGAUAAUAAGUUACAAGAAGAAGAAGAGCAAGUUGAUAAAAUGGAAGAUGACGUGUUUCUGAGAUGUAUAGAAGCAAAUAUGCUUAGUGAUAUGACUUUGCAGGGAAUUGAAGCAAUUACUAAAGUAUAUAUGCAUUUGCCUACUACUGACAACAAAAAGAGAAUAGUGAUUACUGAAACUGGUGAAUUUAAACCAAUUGCUGAGUGGCUUCUAGAAACAGAUGGAACAAGUUUAAUGAGAGUUCUAAGUGAGAAAGAUGUUGAUCCUGUACGUACAUACUCUAAUGACAUUUGUGAAAUAUUUGCCGUUAUGGGCAUUGAAGCUGUGCGAAAAGCUGUAGAAAAAGAAAUGAAUCAUGUCAUUUCAUUUGAUGGCUCUUAUGUUAACUAUAGACAUCUUGCAUUGCUUUGUGAUGUUAUGACAGCAAAGGGACAUCUGAUGGCUAUAACUCGUCAUGGCAUAAAUCGUCAAGAUACUGGUGCGUUAAUGAGGUGUUCCUUUGAAGAAACUGUUGAUAUCUUAUUAGAUGCUGCAUCACAUGCUGAACUGGACCCUUUGAAAGGUGUUUCUGAAAACAUCAUAAUGGGACAGUUGCCAAGAAUGGGAACUGGUGCAUUUGAUUUACUUCUAGAUGCAGAAAAAUGUAAAUAUGGCAUAGAGAUUCCUCUUGCUGGUGCUAUGGGUGGUCCAGGUGUAUUUUUUGGAAGUGUUGCAAGCCCAUCAAGUGGUAUGUCACCUCAGAUGACGCCAUGGAAUCAAGGAGGCACUCCUGCAUAUGCUAAUGCGUGGUCUCCUGGAUUAGGAAGUGGUAUGACACCAGGUGCUGCUGGGUUUUCACCAUCUGCUGCAAGUGAUGCAAGUGGUUACAGUCCUGGAUACAGCCCUGCUUGGUCUCCGCAGCCAGGAUCACCUGCUUCACCAGCAUCACCAUAUAUUCCAAGCCCUGCUGGUGCUUUGUCGCCAAGUUAUUCUCCAUCUUCACCAUCUUUUGCUCCAACUUCACCUUCAUUAACUCCACAGAGUCCUAGUUAUUCUCCAACUUCUCCUUCGUAUUCACCGACAAGUCCAAGUUACUCUCCAACGUCACCAAAUUACUCUCCAACCAGCCCUAGUUACUCGCCAACAAGCCCUAGCUAUUCACCAACAAGUCCUAGUUACUCUCCAACAAGUCCUAGUUACUCUCCAACAAGUCCUAGUUAUUCACCAACCAGUCCUAGCUAUUCACCAACCAGUCCAAGUUAUUCGCCGACAAGUCCAAAUUAUUCACCGACAAGUCCAAGCUAUAGUCCAACAAGUCCUAGUUAUUCUCCAACAAGUCCUAGUUACAGUCCUACAAGCCCAAGUUAUUCUCCUAGUUCACCAAACUAUACACCUGCAUCACCUUCAUAUUCUCCAACAAGUCCAAGUUAUUCACCCACAAGUCCUAGUUACUCUCCUACAUCUCCUUCAUAUAGCCCAACAAGUCCAAGUUAUUCUCCAAGCUCUCCGAGUUACUCACCACAGAGCCCAAGCUACAGCCCUGGAAGUCCAAAUUAUUCAUUAACAAGUCCAAAAUAUUCACCAACCUCUCCAUCAUACAGUCCUACAAGUCCAAGUUAUUCUCCUGGUUCACCGCAGUAUACUCCCACUUCACCUAAAUAUAGUCCAACAUCUCCUACUUAUUCUCCAACUUCUCCAUCCUAUUCACCAUCAAGUCCUAAAUAUUCUCCUUCGAGUCCACAAUAUUCACCUACAAGUCCAUCAUAUACCCCUACUUCUCCAAAAUAUAGUCCACCGUCUCCUCAGUACAGUCCUUCAUCGCCGAAGUACUCACCAACAUCACCAUCAUAUUCUCCAACUUCACCACAGUACAGUCCUACCAGUCCAACUUACUCUGUGACAAGCCCUAAGGGCUCGACUUAUUCACCUACAAGUCCUGGAUAUUCUCCAUCAUCUCCAUCAUACAGCCCAGCAAGUCCUGGAGAUGAUGAUGAAAGUGAUAAAUAAAAUUUUUAUGGGGGGGGGGACUUUUUGAAAUAAACGGAAAGAAUAAUAAGAGAACUUAGAUUUAAAAAAAAAUCACUGUAUUUAUGAGAUACAAAGUGUUGGGAAAAGUUUCAUUGAACAAUACUUUUCCAUCAUGUUUAUUGUUAUUGGCUAGCACUAAGCCACCUGUAUGUAUCAGAACAUUGCAUAUAUUUCUUUAUGAAACUCUAUUUAGCUGGAUAGAAAGUAUUGGCCAUAAUGUAACCAUAUAUGUGGACUUUUAAGAUUUGUGUUUUUAUAAUUAUGUUUAUUUGAAUGCAUAAUUUCUAUAUUGUGUAAUGCAGUUUAUAUUAUGUAUGUUUUUAAUUUGCAAUAAAGGAUGGAAAUAUUG